AGGUUAGAGAUUAUGGUUGUUUGGGGUUGUUAUGCCGAAACCUGUCAAAUGUGGAAACUGAUAGUUUUGAUGACAAUUGACAAGUUCAUCACCAUUGUUUAAAUUUACAUGUGUUUUUGAAUAUGAUAUGAAUAAGUGUUGAAAUUGUGUUAUCGGAAAACGUUGUAAAUAAUUGCAAGUUAGUCAAAUCUGUGUUCGAUUUUCCAAUUAAUCAGUUUUUCACGGGCACCUGUUGUUUUUAAUUGGCAUGUGGUAAAUCAACAUCAUGAGCCGGAAUUCAAAAGCAUUUCUGAAAGGAAACGAUGGGAAUUACUAUCCAUUGGCACCUAAAGUUACAACUAUAGGAAAAGAUGGAUGUGACAUACUUUUACAGACAAAUGGUGUAGACCAACAACACGCCGUCGUAGAGUACAGCGAACAAGAAGAUUGCUAUGUGUUACAAGAUCUCAACUCCACACAGGGAACAUACGUUAAUGAUGUUCGUGUUCAAAAUGCCGCUGUUCGUCUCGCACCAGGGGACGUGAUCAGAUUCGGCUACGGAGGAACACCUUAUGAACUAAAUAUAGAUAAUCCACCACCGAACCAGAUUUUGCCGUUAUACCACCAGUCUACAAUUGCUUACCCACCGGUUCAAUCUCGACCGGCAUGGACUGGUUCUCUAGCAAUGAUCACAGACGAACAUACAUUAUAUACACAGUCUUUACAACAGACCAAUCCUGGCCUUCCUUACUUAACCACACCCACUCUCACAGUUCCAGCAGCUCAUUGGACACCUGUAGCACAUGCACAUCCUCAAAUACCUCAGCCCCGCCCACCACUUAGAAGUCGGCCACUUAGUGCUGGAUCGAGAAGACCUACAUCAGCUUUUGACAGGUUACAGACUAUUGGUGGCACAAUGCAGCCUCAAUCACCUGUCUCAUCCCCUCUUCCAAGAACUGUUAAUACAAAAGCAUGGACAACUCAAGGUGGAGGAUGGGUGAACAGUGGUAAUGGUAGAAGUGUAGUAACUAGUCAGUUUGCUCCAGCACGUCCUGCUUCAGCUGAAAAUGUUCAGGCACAGGGAGAACUUUUACUAAUGCAAGAGAAGGAUCAGAAGAUCCGGGAGUUAUCAGAAGAGGUGAUGAGACUGCGUACUGUAGAGAUGGAAUCAUUGCAUAAAGAUCAACAUGCUCAACAAACAGAACAGCAAGUUCAGCAACUACAGCAACAAUUACAGGAGAUAAGGUGUCGUCAAGGUCCAGCUGUCAUGGGUGCUGAUCCAGAGGUCACUAACAAACUGUCACACCUAGAAACUGAGGUCUCGUUCAAGAAGCAAGAAAUCAUCGAGCUUAGAGAACAGCUGGCGCAGCUACAAGCACAGAAUGACCUUGACUUUGAAAGUCCCGCCCGUAUACGUGCGGAGCUCACAGAUAAAAUUAAGGAGGUUAAUAAUCUCAAAAAUGAGCUUGAGCGUGUCAAAAAGGAUAAAAAUAUAACCUCAGGGCUCGUAACUCAAAUGCAGCGAGAUAUGUCUAACAAAGAUUCAUCAAUUUCUAAAUUGACUCGAGAAAUUGAAGCAUUGAAGAAAGAAUUACGUGAGAAAGACUCGCAGCUGUCCACAAUGACCACCAAGGUUAAUAAACUUAAAGAACCUAAGACUGAAGAGAGAGAUGCUAGAGAAAGGGAGUUGAUUAGUCUGAGACAGAAAUUUAAAACAACUGAAAAUAAGACUCAGGAGCAGCAGACAUUGAUCGACAGUUUACGUGAAGAACUUGAAAAGACAAAAAGUGCGUUGUUCGCCGAGAAAGACGUUCAACGUAAGCUGCAACAAGAUGUUGAUGCGGCUAAAGCAGAUGCUCAAGAUUUGGAGAGAGCUGAAAGAGUGGUUAGAGUUGAUCUAGAACAAAUGUCUAAGAAGAAUGAAAGAUUUAGGAACCGUGUUGUUCAAACAACAUUUUCUACACCUGGCAUUAAAGCUCCUGACACCGAGAUUUCCGAUGACGAACUUCUAGAAACAUUAAAGAAAAUUAUUGAUGAACGAACAAAUUCAUUUAGAAACAUCAAGGAAUUGGAACAGAAACUCAAGGCAGCUGAAGCUAGCAACAAAGGAUUUGAUAAAAAUCUUCAUGAUUUACGCAAAACUUUACAAAAUGCAAAGGUACAUUUGAAACAAAAAGGUAGGCUCUCUGGUGCCCUGAAGGAAGAGAUAGGCCUAAUACAAUCUGUAUCAGUAAAUGACACUGUCGCCUGGAUUAAGGAAGUUGCAGUAGGUCUUCUUGAAGGAGAACUGUCCUGGGAAACGGAUAUAGAAAAUGCAUUAGAGAAGUGUGGAGUCAAUGUUAAACUUACUAAUGAUGAGCCGAGUAAACAUAUAAGUCUUCUGUUUGCCAAAUGGGAAAGUUCUCUAAGUGAGAAGGAGCGUUUAGUGAAGCAGAUCUCUAGUAUGGAGAUUGCACACAAAGAGGAUAUGCUCCUACAAUUGGAGCAACAGAAAGUGGAGUAUGAGGGCAGAAUUGCUGAUGCUGCAGAAAAAGCCAAGCUUGAAGUUGAGGAGCGUAUGAACAGAGCUAUAGAUGAUAUCAGGGCAGUAGAAGGUGAGAAAUUAGAUGGUGCUGUACAGGCAGAACGGCGGAAGAUUGAGGAACUUGAGGCAACACUAGAACAACUUAGAGCUAAUCUAACAGAGAAAAAUGAAGACAACCAGUCUAAGCUAGAGGCAGGACAGGAAGCACUCUCACUACUAGAGGAGUAUAAAGUACUAGAAGUUCAGCUCAGAGAGCAAGUGGCUAGUUUAGAAGCCGCUAAAAUAGAAGAAGUUACAAAAUUAACUACAGAACUUGUUGAAAAGGAUAGAAAACUAGACAGUGAUGUAACAAGUUAUAAGGAACAAAUAAAACAACAUUCUGUAACUAUUUGUGCAAUGGAAGAAAGAAUUUCUAAAGUUAUGAAGAAAAAUAAGGAAUGUAUUGAAGAGGCUGAGGCAUAUAGGAAACAAAUACAAGAAUUAAAAGCAGAAUUGAGUAAAAAGGCUAAAGAAAAGCCCCCACCACCUCCUAAACCGAAGAUUAUACCUGUCGUAGAGAAACCAUCCCAUGAUGUUGUUGCAAUGGAACAACUUAUCCUUGUUCUUAGGAAGGAGAAUGCUGAUGUGAAGGUCCGGUUACAGGAACAGGAUGAUGUCAUCCUUGGUUUAAGGAGAGAUCUUGCUGGAGCUUCAGCCAGGCUUUCAGAUAUCACAGGUGAAUUGAGUGAAGGACAAAAACAGGAGGUGGAGAAGUGUAAAGAGAUGGUCAGUCGCAAGGAGAAAGAAGUCAUAGAAAUGAGGCAACAAUUAGCUAAACUUUCAAGGAUUAUAGAUAAACAAAAGGAAGAAGUUAAAUCACUGGAAGGUGAUCUUAGUAAGGAAAAGUCAAUUUCACUGAAGUAUAAGACUUUAGUUGAUAAGGAGACCCAGCGUUCUAUGUCUCUUGAACAGAGUCUAGAGGCAGAGAAAACGGAACAGGCGAAACAGUUGGAGCUUUUAGACCAGGAGGGAAAGAUCACAUCGGAGAUGACGUCUCUAGGUGCUCAAUGUCGAGGAGAGAGACACGAGCAAGUCAUUGCUAGGCAACGGGAAGCUUUGGCAGAACUCAGAGCUAGAGUUAAAACGCUGGAGACAGCUAGACCUCCGUUACCAACCCAGGAUCAGGCUUUACAACAAGUGAUCAUUUUGAAGAAAGAGCUUGCAGAGAUGAGAGCAAAUCAGGCGUUGGCAGAGGACAAGAAUAUUCAGAGUCUGACUAUGUUAGAUCGUGAGGUUGGACGAGCACGAGGGCUGGUUACAGAUAGUAAUCCUGAUGCUGAGAUGGAACGCAGUGCACAUAGAGAAACAAUGGAAGCUCUAGAAGCCAGUGAAAACUCGUUCCUCAGCACAUUGAAUUCCAUUUCUAUGACCUUGGAUUUGGAUGGCAUUGAAGGAUUGAGACCGCUAGGUCACAUACCUAAAGAUGAGCGAGAUCGUCUUCUGCGAGAUAGGGAACGGGCGUGCGAGAAGGUUGUCAAUCAAAUUAAAGUUUAUAGGGAAAGAAUAGCAAGAAAAGAUGAACUUUUACAAGGAUAUGAGAGAGACCUGGCCAAGUUAAGGCAAGCUCAAGAAUUAGCUGAUAGGAAAUCCGUUCAAUUAGACACCUUAGCUAAUGAUGUAAGAAGUAAGACUGAGGAGUCACAAUACCUCAGAGAAUCAUUACAUCAAACCAGAAGUAAACUGGAUCAAGAGAAACGCCUCAAUACUGCAAUCAAACAAAGAAAGACAUUCCACUUAGAGAAUGAGAAAGUUCAUUUAGCACCUGCAUCUCAUCGAUGUAAACCGGAAGAUCCGAGAUUAGUCCUGAAGAAGAAACGGGAACGAGAAGUUUUAAAGAGGAAAAAUUAUGAAAUAAAAACAUUGAAGCACGAAUUGACGGAAAAAGAGAGGCAUUUAUUCGAUACACAAAAUAAACUUUAUACAGUAUCACAUAGCCAGUACCAUCGAGCUUAGAGUGUAUUGUUUCGGACUAUGAAAAUGAAGAGCCCCAAGAAAUUCCAUUAGCAAAUUAGACUUUAUCUAGAUAUAUAUUGACUUGAAAAAAAACUGUAGAUGUUAGGGUAGACGCAGUCAUAGAGAUUAGAGAAUAUAUUCAAGCUCUCUUCAGUUCAAGGAAUAACUAGUGUGAUGAUUAGUGAGUCAGUUUUUGAAGGACUGACAGGCGAUUGUUGUAGUAUUGCUAUGUGCAACGUAUGUGGAUAUAUGCUCAAAACAUUCGUGGUGACGAUAUGGAGAUGAUAAAGACGACAAAGGAGGGUGAAAACAUUAAGGAAAAAAGUCACUGGAUCAUUAUGUUAUUUCGUCAAAAAGGAAUAACAAAAAUUUGUUUUAAAUAAAAGUUUAAAAAUGGACAAAAUGGUCUAUCUUUCGAUUUUAUUUCUUAUUUUUACAAUUUUGAAAUAUGCAUUUUGAUAUUGAAAGCCUUGAAAUAACAUUGGAUAGUUCAAUAUUCAAGCCAUAGGCAAAAUUUCAUUAUACAAAUGCAGUAUCGAAAUUGUUAAGAAAAUAAUAUUACAUAUCAUGAACUUAUCAUUUAAUGUUACCUAGAAGCACUGCCCAUUUUAAUAAUUGUUAUUUAGCUUCCGUUUUAUUGUUUUAUUGUAUUAUUUUGUUGUAUAAAGUUUUAUGUUGCUAAAACAUCAUGUUAUAAAGUUAAACCAUGUUUGGCUAGCAGUGGUCUAGUGUUUAUGACAUGCCUCUAAAUCGAGAGAUUAUUGGUUUGAGAUAUAUUUAGAUCACAUUUAUGGUUGCUGAUAAAGAAUUUGAAAGAUUAGUUCAAGAAGCAAAGUCUGGUGUAAUUAAAAUGAAGAUUUAGUUACACAUUUCGUAAUAUUCCAUGUAUAGGGAUGAGAAGUUUUAUAAAGUAUACCGAAGUUUAAACUAUUCAGGUCAUGUCUACUGCAUGUACAGGGGUAUUCUAGAACCUGUAUGUCUUUUUGUCUGAUUCUAAUACAGGAUCUUUACAAUUGUUUAAGAUGACUCUUACUAAUCUCAUUUAAUAUUUCUAUUUCCAUUUCUCUAGAAUAAAAAUAUUUAUUUUCAUUUUGAAUUGAUUGAGAAAUUUUUUUUACUCGGGAUGAGUCGGUACAUAAUAUUUUAGAUGAUUUUAGAUGAAAUGAGACAUAAACUAUAGGGAUUGAUAUAUAAACAGAUGUAUUUAGAUUGUAGUUAUUAUCAAAUUUAUUGUUAUAAUGCUAAAAUUAUUGAUCACACAUUCAAAGCAGGAGGGAUUUUUUGUAAUUAAGUGCGAUUAUAUGAGCUGCAUCACGACAAAACCAACAUAGUGCGUUUGCGACCAGCAUGGAUCCAGACCAGCCUGCGCAGGCUGAUCAGGAUCCAUGCUGUUCCCUUAUAAACCCUAUUACAAGUAGAGAAACUGAUAGCGAACAGCAUGGAUCCUGAUCAGACUGCGCGGAUGCGCAGGCUGGUCUGUAUCCAUGCUGAUCGCAAACGCACUAUGUUGGUUUUGUCAUGGCGAGAUAAAUAUUGUGUUUAUUUGAUAACAUGAGUAUAUGAAUAGUUGAGUGUUAAGAUAAUUUGAAAGCAUUGACUGUGAUAUUGUACAGUGGUUGUUUACAUUGUUAGUAAAAACGUCCUGAAAAAUAAUCUCACAUAUAUAUAAAUAAAUGUUGUUCAAAGAAAUAUAGUACUUUGCUAUGAUACAGAUUUGCUGGGUCGGGUGGGGGCUGCGUUCAUUGAACGCCUGUCCUUGUCGAUCUUGUUCAUCAUAUUUUACUUUAAGGCUGCAUUAAACUGAAGAAUAUAUACAUAUAUAAAAUUUCACUUAAGUGUGGUAACAACCUUAAUUACAACAUACAGGAUUGUUAAGUAUUGACACAUAAAAUAACCUUGUCAUCUUUUAACAGUUUUAAUGAUGUCAAAGUUUACAUAGAAACAAACCACCAUGAAGCUUGGAUUCGUAAUUUAUUUGAAUGAAUUAUAGAAAGUACUACUUAAUUGCUUAUUGUGAUUAGGUAGCUUGUUAAAAUCUUCAUUCAAAUAUGUGUUUUAUUUUGUAUGAUAUAAAAACUCGUGCAAAAUUCGUUUGUAUAUCUGUUGUUUAUCUGAUUAUGUGAAACUUAAUUUCAAAGUUAUAUUUAUGUGCUUAGAGCAAACAGUAAAUAGUGGAUCUGAUUUAAAAAUUGUGUGUAGAUUUAUGUACCAAAACAUCAUGUUUUAAUAGUUUUGUUUGGUUCAACGGUUGUUGGUCAAAAUUAUUAGUUUCCCUAUUUACUUCGUAUAAUAUUUAUUCCAUAGUUCCAUAAGGGCAUUUAGAUUUCAAGUGCCUUCGAGUUUUCAAAAUAUCAGUUUGUAUUCCAUGCUACUUUGUAAACAGAGAUUCAUUUUUUAGCAAAGAUUACUUACAUUUCCUUCAUUUUCUAGUUAUAGAUGUGGUGCGCUUAGUAGGCAGUUAUUUGCUAAUAAAAAAUCAUAUAGGCAGUAGCAUUUUCCGUCCGUUUUUUUGCUCUUUUACUAUUUUUUACAAAAUUGUUUGUUAAUACAUCGUUCUUUAAUUGCUUAAGUUAUAUUGCUACAUAAUUUCUACAUUGUGCAUAUUGUUUUUCUAAAAUGUUUUAUUUUUAUUGUGAACAUUAUUGUUCCAGUCUGUGAUCUAUAUGUCUUAUCUUUAGGUUUCUAUUAGUAAUGAUUAAUAUAUAUUCUGGGGUAAGAUUUCAUGAAGAAAAUAAAAAUGUAGAACAAGAA